UUUGCACGCUGGGCUGUAGCCCCGCCGGGCUGUGGUUAUGGAACUCAGCGCCGAUUACCUCCGCGAGAAGCUGCGGCAGGACCUGGAGGCAGAGCAUGUGGAGGUGGAGGACACGACUCUGAACCGUUGCGCGACCAGCUUCCGAGUCCUGGUGGUGUCGGCUAAGUUCGAGGGAAAGCCACUGCUCCAGAGACACCGGCUGGUGAACGAGUGCUUAGCCGAAGAGCUCCCGCACAUCCAUGCCUUUGAGCAGAAAACUCUGACCCCAGAGCAGUGGACCCGACAGCGGCGUGAAUGAGGGGCCUAGGCCUGAACAGUCAUUAAAAUUUAAACCUGG